UUAGUACUAUACAAAAUAUCUGUACAAAUCGAUUCUAGUUUUUUUUAUACUUAUAUAAGACCAAAUUUCCAAACAAGAUGAGUUGUACACGAGUGCUAGCAUCGAGAAUCAUUAAAGUUUCGAAAUCCAUCACAAAUAACAUACAAGCAAGAACAAUGGCAGUUCAAGUUGGCUCACAAAUUCCACAAGUUGAAUUACAAGAAGGAUCACCAGCUACAAAAGUGAAUCUCACAGAAUUAUGUGCAAAGAAAAAAGUUGUUAUAUUUGGAGUACCUGGUGCUUUUACACCUGGAUGUAGCAAGACUCAUCUUCCAGGCUACAUUGAACGUGCUGAUGAAUUGAAAAAAAAGGGAAUCGAUGAAAUUGUUUGUGUUUCCGCCAACGAUGCAUUUGUAAUGCAAGCAUGGGCUGAUGAUCAAAAAACCGAAGGAAAAGUUCGUAUGCUUGCUGAUCCCAAUUUAGAUUUUAUAAAAGCAUUGGGUUUGGAACAAAAUUUAGCUGUCUUAGGUGGUUUACGUUCUAAACGAUUUUCAAUGGUUGUUGAAGAUAAUAAAAUCACACAAUUGAAUGUUGAACCAGAUGGUACUGGACUUAGUUGCUCAUUAGCCAAAGCAAUGGAAAUUUAAUUUCUAGAAGUUUCUAGAAAGCAACGUGUGUUGUUUUGAUUUUGAUUGAUAAUUCAUGUUGGGCACUUUUUUAAAUAAACUAAAAUUUAAAUCCUAGAUGUGAUAUAGAUUUAAAAAUUAAACUUAUUUUUAGAAAACGAUCCAAUCAAUUUUUUUUAGUUUUACAAUUAGUAUAAAAAAUAAGUAUCCACCAAAUUUAUGAUCACACUGUUGUUAAGUUAUCAAUUUUUCCACUGUUAUUGUACAAUUUAAUAAAAUUUUUUGUGCUUCAA